GUACUGUGCUCUGCUUCUCAAGGGGGUUGAAAGUAAAAGGUGGCACUGCUGCUAACAGAGCAAGAUUGCUUUUUUGUAACACUGCUACGUAAGGUGCUGGUAAUUGGUUGCAAGGUUCUGUUGCUGUACAGCCUCUAACGUGACUGCUUAGAUUAAUGGGAGCAGGCUUCAGCAAGACUUGCAGACUGCGUGGCUUGAAAUGUGAGAAGGGAGAUGGCUAUAAGUGUCUCGAUUGUACUGCAUAUAAACGACCAGACUUCUGGAGAAGAUUCCUUUUUCUAAAGGUUUUUUACUUUGUUUCCCAAAGUUAAAAGCUUCUGAUAUAUUCAUUGAAAAAAUUCUGCCACUGCUACAUUUAUUUUGUUGGAUUCAGUAAGGCUUAGUAUUGACUUGGCUGCUACUAACUUGCAGUUCUUUUGACACAGGGGUGAGUUUUAGCAGCAUUGCUAAAAUGUUUUAUAGUGCUCUUAGUCAGCAUUUUCUGAUCUGAUGGACAACGGCCAAUGAUUUAAGUAUCCUGGUGCUUUGGGAUUUUGUACAGCAUUCCAACCGAGAUGCAAGGCUCUGUACCCUGGUGUCGGAAGAGGCAAGCAUGGUGAAUCUGUCCUGUCCAAGUCAUGAGCAUUGCACGUCUCCACCUACCUACCCCAGCUGUGACAGAAUAAAUCCACCUUUUACGUGGGGGAGAAUGAAAGCUGUCAUCCACGUGGACUGAAGAUAUUCUCUUGUGCUUUUUUCUAUUGAAAGAUGAAAUGCUUCUCUCGGUACCUGCCUUACAUCUUCAGACCACCCAGUACAAUCUUCUCAUCCAGCUGCUACACAGAAGCCGACAUUAUUUCAACGGUAGAAUUCAACAGCACAGGAGAACUGCUAGCGACAGGGGACAAGGGGGGUCGAGUUGUAAUAUUUCAGAGGGAGCAGGAGAGUAAAAACCAGUCUCAUCGCAGAGGAGAAUAUAAUGUUUACAGCACUUUCCAGAGCCAUGAACCAGAGUUUGACUAUCUGAAGAGUCUUGAGAUCGAAGAGAAGAUAAAUAAAAUCAGGUGGCUACCCCAGCAGAAUGCAGCCUACUUUCUUCUCUCAACCAAUGAUAAGACGGUUAAACUGUGGAAGAUCAGUGAGCGGGACAAAAGGCCAGAAGGGUACAACUUGAAGGAUGAAGAUGGUAGAAUCAAAGACCCCUCCACCAUCACAACCUUGCGGGUGCCAGUGCUGAGACCCAUGGACCUAAUGGUGGAGGCCAGUCCGAGGAGAGUGUUCGCCAAUGCUCACACGUAUCACAUCAACUCCAUUUCAGUCAACAGCGACUAUGAGACCUACAUGUCGGCUGAUGACUUGAGGAUAAACCUUUGGCAUCUGGAGAUCACCAACCGAAGUUUCAACAUUGUAGAUAUAAAGCCUGCCAACAUGGAGGAGUUGACAGAGGUGAUCACGGCAGCAGAAUUCCACCCGCACCAGUGUAACAUGUUUGUGUACAGCAGCAGUAAAGGAACGAUCCGACUGUGUGACAUGCGGGCAUCAGCACUGUGUGACAAGCAUUCCAAGCUUUUCGAAGAGCCAGAAGACCCCAGCAACCGAUCAUUCUUCUCCGAGAUCAUCUCCUCAAUAUCGGACGUGAAGUUCAGCCACAGUGGGAGAUAUAUGAUGACAAGAGAUUACCUCACCGUCAAAGUCUGGGACUUGAACAUGGAGAAUAGACCAUUGGAAACAUAUCAGGUGCAUGAAUACCUGAGGAGUAAACUGUGUUCCCUCUAUGAAAAUGACUGCAUCUUUGACAAGUUUGAGUGUGUGUGGAAUGGCUCUGACAGUGUGAUCAUGACGGGCUCUUACAACAACUUCUUCAGGAUGUUCGAUCGCAAUACAAAGCGCGACGUCACACUUGAAGCAUCGCGGGAGAACAGCAAGCCCAGAGCAAUCCUCAAACCCCGCAAAGUAUGCAUGGGGGGCAAGAGGAAGAAAGAUGAAAUUAGUGUCGACAGUUUGGACUUCAGUAAGAAGAUUCUGCACACGGCAUGGCACCCUUCGGAGAAUAUUAUAGCAGUCGCCGCCACAAACAACCUCUAUAUAUUCCAGGACAAAGUGAACUAGAACAUUCGUUUGACUGGUCACCUUAGCACUGCGUACAAUUAUACAUCAAAUUAUUAUUUUUUAAAGGAAAAUCUGCCCUCUGGAAAUUAACCCAAACAAUAGUUUUUGUCAGGUUGUCUGUCUUAAUGAAGCUGUGGGGUGCCUUUUGGUGUGUGGAUUCAGAACUCCUUUGAUGCAUCUGUUCUAGAACAAAUGGCUUCUGUUUGUAAGACAUUAAAUUUCCAUCUAGUCCUUCUGGCUUUUAAGGGUGUAAAUAUUCAACACUGACUUGUAUAUUUUCUUUUAUUUUCCUCAUGGAAAUGGGGGUAAAAUGUUAUGUUCUGUGCUUUUUUCUCGUCAGCUGUCAAUGCCUUGGAUACACUUAUCCAAAUAACUUAUUUGCACCAAUUGACAGCUGCUUCCAGAGAGCAUCAUAUUUUAAAGCAUAUGUUUAUAUUUUUUACUUUCUUUUCUCCAUAAAAUGCACCCACCUGUUUCUACGCACACUAGGAUUGAGAGUAAUUCCACGCACCCGCCAGCGUCAUAGAGUUUAACGAAUCAGGGAAUUUUCAAACACAAUUCCUUUAACAGAAGUCUCUCUUACUUGUGAAUUGACCCGAGCAGUUUUGUAGCUCAGUAUACAAAAGAAUGACAUGCGUUGUUGAACAAGCAAACUAGGAAGCAUUUAACUGUACUAAUGCCAAUUUGAAAAUGUAAUUGUAGAUUUUUAAAGCCCUGAGGUUCUCAAGGCUUUUGUAGGUAGAGUUUUUCAAGUUUUACAACUCUUAUGAUGGGAGUAAUUGCAUAUAAAUGACUGAACAAAUUUUACUUUUAAAUUGUAUCCUAAUUAUGUCAGAUCUCAAAAUUGUCUUUUCGCCCCCAACCCCCCAGUUUCCCAAUGAUGGAAAGUUCAGUUCUGGUGAUUGACUUCUUUGUAAUUUCUUCUGUUAAUAUUGUCCUGGCAGUUUGCACAGUUCCCUCUGUUUAAUACUUGUAGAGCUAAACAUAGAAUGUGGAGUUUCUGUUUCUAGUACUUAAAACCAGCAGUAUUCAUUUAGACUGACAUUACACCAGAAUAAAGCUACACUGUCCUCUUUGUAUUGUUGGAAGGUUUAACUGAGUAUGGGAGGUUUUUUUAAUAUUAUUUACCACUCCUCAGACUUUUACUUCCCCAAGCUUUUGCCUUGGUGAUUGAAGCUUAAAGAGGUUUAGUGCUUUCACCAUGUAGCUCAAUAGGUUAAGGGAGUGGGCAAUGUAACCGUGCAGAUCAGGUUUCUUGGUUGGUAUUGAUCUCAUCUACAUCCACAAUAAUUAAGUUACUGCCUUCCCUACAGCCUUGGCCCCUGGGUUAGGGAAGGAGGGAAAAGAAAUCAGAAAAAGCUUAUGAUCAGUGUACAGUAGCCCCUAGUAGAAGCUAGUCUUACAGUCAUGGGACAGGUGGUUGGGCAAUGAGAGCAGGGCCAGACUUUGAAGAGCUUGUCAGCAUUUGCUUAGGUUCCAUCACGGAGAAUUCAUUAAGGAACCGGGAGUGCCUGGCACCCUUGGAAUCAUGCAAUGGAGAAAAACAAUCAGCACAUGCAGGGGAGGGAGAAACCAUCAUUCUUAUAAAGAAUUAUAUAAUUUUACCACAACAAUCCAAAAUCAGAUCUCAAUAAUAAACACUAUUUAAUUAGAUUCACCUAAAAAACUACUUAAAAUUUUCCAUAACAUUUUUUAAUGGUGCACUUAUAAUAAUACCACAAAUUGGAUCUGUUUGAGGUUCAGAAAAUAUUAUAGGAAUGUUUAUUUUUAAAGAGUGACUUGGUUAAAUUCUACAGGCAGGCUCACCAAUUCUUAAUCCAGUGAGAUUAUCGAGAUUUUAAACAAAAUGAAAUGGAAGCUGUUAAUUGGGCAAUUUUUUGGAAGAAGUAUUAGUUAAUAUUUGCACCAAUAUUUUCCUAGCUUUAGAUUGAACACCACUACCCUUUAAUGCCAGAGUAUGAAGUGGACUUCAGAGCCACAUUGACUAUCUCCUGUCCAGUUGGGAAUGACUUCAUUCUUUACAAUUAUCUAUUCUAAUGUGCCUGUGGUACUAAUUACCAUAUAUAACAUGGUUGUUCUGGUCUGUGGUGACAUCUAACCAAGUGUUCAUCAUUUAUAAUAUUAAACUGGUCAGAAGUCAAUAUCUCCCAAUUAACAGUCACUCACUGAAAUUUUGUUAAUCAUCCACUAAGCAUGUUACAUUUGGUGAUUGGUCAACCAGUGGAUUUGAAGUUAAACAUGAUUCAUAAAAGUGCAGCAAUGUAUGACUGAACCAUCCACCCCACUGGGUCAGAUCUCACCUACUCAUCCACAUUCUUUAUACCAUUUCACCUAGAACAGUGAUGGGCAUGUUUCACUUCACCUCAGUAAACCAUCCAGGGUGGGAAUCUGAAUGAUGUAUUUAUUUUGCCCAUGCCAUACUGAAGGGCACUAAGGCCAGUUGAAGCAUGAGAAACAGUUCUGACUGAUGGGCACUGAUUGGAGUGAUAUGCAUCAGUGGGGUAACAGAAAGCCUCUUGCCCCCAUAGUAAUAAACAGAAUGAGUGGUUCACCCAGUUUUCUAAGCCUGGAAAUUAAAUCUCAUUAAGCUGCUUAUUUCAGGGCAUCCCAGAUGAAAAUGUACCACCCACAGGAUGAAAGUGAUAGCAAUCAUUCUCCAGCCACUUUACAUCACUCCAGAAUGUGAUUGGGCGUUACCCACCAUGGCCAUGCCUACCCAACUGACACAAUGUCAGAGUUAGAAGUGCAUCAAAUUAGAGCCUUCCCUGCCCUGCAUUACUUUUGUAAAAUUGCGGUGGAAAUUAGAUCACAUUAUCCCAGGAUAUUGAUAACCAUCAAUGGAUGUAUAAGGUUUUGUGGCACUUGUCCACACUGGGUCCCAUCCUCAACCACAUACACUUUGGUACCUGACUUUCAUUGCCCAAUUGGCCCAAGCAAUAUCCCAUGAGAUUCCCUUCCCCACAUUGCCCUUUGUCCAAAUGCUAACCUAGUCUCAGGCCCCAAUCCCAAUCAUCUGCAGUUGAGCUAGGUGGGGCUAGCACAACCACAGCUCCUCUGUCCCAUUUCAUGGCCCAUCACCAAAUCAUCCCUCUCCCCUUCCCUUCCAUCCCUUCUCCAACUCAGCUUCUUGCCUGACCGUCAGAAUCAAAUCCCAAUACUGAGCCUCCCCACCCAAGAAUUAGUGAGGACUUGCACCUUGGGCACUAUACAGUACAUAUUACCAGCAGGAGAUCCACAACCAAGAGAGUUAUUUGAUGGGAUAUUCCAUAUUCUACCAACUGUUUUCAGGAAUAAACCUCUCAAUUUCACCUUCUAUUCUAUUUAGCUUCUGACCAAUUAGAAAUAACAUUCCACUAUUCACCUAAUUUGAAAAAAAGAACAGUUUUCUUGCAUCUAAUCUGCUGGUGAAAUCUAUUUUCCAAGAAACAGAUGAGAAAUAUAGUUUUAAAGCUGACUGCUGGCUUUUGUUAGGACACCAACCUUAGUGCUCUUGUGUGUUGCUGCACAACUUGAACAGAAGCUGAAUGUUUAACCAGUUUAUUUUAAAUAAGUUAAACCAACUCCAUUUAAAUUCUGAAAAUGUGGUAUGAAGACUUAAAGCAACUGUCCACUAAUUUUUGCCAACAGUUCCUUCCUGUAUUGCAUACAGGACUGGUUCAAGCUCAAAUUAGCUUCAGCAGUCACUUUCACGGAUCCCAAAACAGCAGGCCUCUAUUUCAGGGACCACUGUCAAAGAACAUUGUGCCCAUGUUUGUCUAGUGACAGCUUAAACAGAUUCCAGAACCAAGACACAAGGUACCUGCCUGCCUGCUACCUAACCAAUGGGAGAGAUGCCAGAGUUCGUGUUUGAUGCCAUAUACUUGUUUCUAUAAGUGUACAAUUAAAAGAAUGAGGGGUUGGUGGGGGAAAUGAACAAUUUCAGUAUUUUCUUUUAAAAAAACACAAGUGAAUUUGCAGUAAAUGAUUCUGUUCUGUAUUACAAUGUUUUUUAUUGCAUGCUAAUUGCCAUGCCCUUUUUUGAUGGGGAAGUCGGUUAGGGGGGGAGGGGAGAAGAGAUGGGGGGAAGUGAGGAGGGUUGUCAUGAAUGUGACUAAGGUCUGCCCUGAGCUUUAGGACAUGCUGUGGCUGUUUUGUGUUAGGGGUUUGACCGCCUGAUAAAAGUGCUUUAUAUAUUGGGAUGGGGAAGGGCAGGUGAGACUGGCUCUUUAUUGUAUGGGUCAAACAAUUCAGCUGAUGUACCUUUGUCCUUGUUACUGUCUGCUUUUUUUCUUAAAGAAUAAACUGCAGCUAAGGCUGCUUCAUGAAGUG